AUGCACAUAACGGCUGCGAAAAAUGAUGACUCAACUCCAUUUCUUAUGGCUUCCCAAACCCAGAUCCACGAAAAUGUCCACGAUAUCAGGCUAGAUGUGCACAAUGAUGGUGAUCAUGGCGGCGAAAACAUCGAAAUGGUAUCUUUCGCCGUGCCGUCCUUUUCUCAGCCUUUGAAAGUAUCUGGUGUUGAAGGUCUGCUGCAGACUCUUCACCGGAGAGCAGUAGCGGAAUCAAGGCCAAAAAAUGAAGAUAUCACGAUGUAUACUCUGGAAGCGAAUCCAGAUGAUUUCCCAGAUGGUGGUUUGCGUGCUUAUCUUGUCUUGGCAGGGUCUUUUUGCGGACUUAUUGCUGAUUUCGGGAUUCCAAACUCUUUAGGUCCACUUGAGGCUUACGUUUCCAAUAACCAGCUUAGUGGAGCUAAGCAAAGUACUGUUUCAUGGGUGUUUUCCUUGCAUUUGGGUGUGAUGUUCUUUUGCAGCAUCUUUUCCGGUGGCUUGUUCGAUAAGUAUGGCUCUCGAAAGUUAUUGAUUGGAGGAACAAUCUUCAUGUGUGGAGGAUUGCUUGCCACGGCAGAGCUGAAGACAAUGUACCAAUUUAUUCUAGCAUUCAGUAUCGUCACGGCAUUUGGCGCCUCUUUGGCCAUGGCUCCGUUGAUCGGAGUUCUUUCUCAUUGGUUUCUUAGGAAGCGAGGCUUUGCAUGCUCUUUGGCUACCAUCGGCGGUCUUGUGGGCUCUGCUGCAUUUGCUGUUAUGCUUGAACGGCUCUAUUCGGAUAUCGGCUACAAAUGGGCCAUGAGAGUGUUAUCGCUCAUCUGUUUGGGGUGCAUGUCUAUAUCAAUUCUUCUCAUCAAGGACAGACAUACAGUUCGGACUGUUGUGACCCAAACGUCAGAGUCCGAGGAGAUCACGUCAGUCGUUGAGCCGGUAACGAAGUCUGGCUGGAAAGUCGAUAUGUCCAACUUCCUUGACCUUUCUCCACUCAGAAACAUUCGAUUUGUCUCCCUUGUCAUCUCAGUGUUCUUGUCAGAGAUGAUUGCCAUUUCAGUAUUGAUGUAUAUGGCUUCAUAUGCCUUGGCUAACGAUAUUUCCCAAUCAAAGAGUUACUUGCUCAUCACAGUCAUCAACAUUAGUGGUAUUCCUGCUAGAUUGGCCACAGGUAUUCUCGCGGACAAGAUUGGAAGGUUCAAUGUGAUGUUAAUAACGUCUUUUUUCACGGCGAUUUUUAUUUUUGCUUUGCUUUUGCCUGCUCGUGGAAACAUUACUGUGUUGUACGCAUUUGGAGUUGUCUAUGGAUGUUCUAGCUCAGCAGCAGUGAGUCUUAUUGCGGCAUGUUUGGGCCAGAUUACACCAGCAGCCACGUUUGGGAAACAUUAUGGAGUUCUUUACUUCUGCCUUGCAUUUUUGAUCAUCAUAGGUAUUUUCUCUGCGUCGUUGACCAUUCAAAAUGGCACCAAAGCAGAUUACCAGAACUGGGUAGUUUUUGAAGGAUGUGUGGCUACGGCUGCUGUAUUUUCGUGGUUGUGGGCACGUUAUACUCAUGUUCGGUUCCGUUUAUGUAAAUUUUGA